AUGGGGGCGCGCUCCUCGAAGCCCCAGCCCUCGGCUAGGGUGGUCGAGUCCGGCUCCAAGUGGUUCAACUCGGUAUUCAAGGGACUGAAAAGGAAAGACAGCUCGAAAUCGAGGGACUCAAAAUCAAGAAAAUCUUCCAAAGAUUCACGCUCCUCCAGGCGGGUCUCGCAAGACCCAAGUGCUUUUGCCGACUUUCAAGUAGAAGAGAAAUCACUCGAGAAAAAUGAUCAAAUGCAGCCAGAUGCAACAGACAUCAACGGGAACGAAGUCGACGCUGGCAGUAAGCUUCCUCUGAAGCGGGAGAGCAACACCUCCGAAGAGGAAACCGCGCGAGAUGCGCCGCCACAAGUUGAAACCGGAGAGCUCAACUUAUCAGAAAGUCUUCCCAUUCCAAAGAUUCAACCUUCCAACCUCUCCUCCUCCGACGCCCAGCAUUUGGAAAAUGAAAACGACCAGCCGCUCGACGAUAGCAUGACCAGGCCGCUUGCACUUGACGAUGUUCCUAACAUAGACGAUUCGGCGAAAGCAACGCCGCGGAGCUAUGACGACAUCCCCGUCGGGACGGUGUUUGCAUUUCAGAAAGAAAAAACUACAGAGUCUCCAUCUGCCAAUCACACGAAUAGUGAAGUGAGUGCUGCUACUACUCGGCGCGGUUCGCGAGGCUCCGCGAAAAGCAGCGGCAGCAGCUCAGAAAGCUCAAACAGAGUAAUUUCAAAUGAGAUGAAAAAUGACUCCUCCGAGAAGAGAGAGAAGGGCGAAAAGAACGCUACGCACGAAAAGGCCGAUGAGUUAUUGCAAGAGCUUAACUCCACCAUUUCGCAAAUUCUAGCGGCGGCAACUGAGGUCGAAGCGUUUCUCACCACAGAACCAUCGGAAAUCCCGCUUGACAUCAAAGACGAAAUAACUGCCGUAGUCGGAGGCUGCCGACUCCUAUGCCAGGAUAAACUGGGCAAACAAUUCCGCAAUUUGUGCCUCAAAGCCAAGGGCGAAUUACCGUUGAAAAAAGACGAAGUCGCGCCGCCAACUGAAGAAGACCUGGUCGGAUUUUGGGAGCUAGUCAACAUCCAAGUCGACCAGAUGAAGGAAAAGUGCCAAAACAUCAAGAAACUCAAGGAAAACAGCUGGCAGGUUGAGAAAAAAGAAGCGCCAAAGAAAGUUGUGAAGAAGAAAGCAGGAAAAACUCCAGCUAAAAAAUCGCCCGCUCAAAUCGAAGCGCAAAAGAAGCGGGAUGAAGAGCGAAAAGCGCGUCUAGCAGCACUCCGGGCGAAGAAGAUCGAAAUGAAUUCGAAUCAGAAGAACGAUCUCGACGGCGGAGACUGA